UGUUCUUUUCCCCCUUCCCCACUUUCAACUAUAUGCCUCCUAAAGCACAAUUCCCUUUCAUUUUCAUGUGGGUCUUCCUCUUAAUUCCAUUUCCAUUUCUCACUCUCUUCAAUAACAAUAAUAAUCCUAUUUCAAUUCCAAUAUCUCCCAAGAUCCUCCCCUUUUGUUCCUUCUCCAUAUAUCUAUAUAUAACUUUUUACACCAUGUUUUGCUGAACAAGCCUCACUGGGUAUCACUUACUUUAAAGGAAUAACAAAGCUGCCAUGUCUCUCUCAAGCUCAGACAUGAUCAAUAAGAAGAUGUUCCACCAUAGGAGAGCUUCCAAGGAGCUCGAGGUGUUCGAAGCUGCUCGAUACUUCUCCGAUUACAAUGAAACUUCUGCUUCCACGAAUAGUUUCGGUGCAAAGUUUACUCCAAAAGUGAAGAAGAAAGAUAAAGGAUGGAUCAAAGGGAGAAUCAGCUUAGACAUGCAGGUGAAGAACAUUCUUAAUCUUCCCCAACAUUUCCCCCAACAUAAUUCAUAUAGUGUUGAAAAGCAAGUUACAAAGGAAAAAAAGUACAAGCAACCAAGCUCUCCUGGUGGGAGAUUGGCAAGCUUUCUGAACUCUCUUUUCAGCCAUUCAAGUUCCAAGAAGAAGAAAUCGAAACAUUUCGCGCAAUCCAUGGACGACAUGGACGAGGACGAAAGUCGAACGUCGAAGAGAAGAAUUAGCAUCAGCCAUUUUCGAACCUCGAAUGCCGUGGCAACUGAUGCAAAGUUUAUCUAUUCUUCUUCUCCUGGAAAUAAUAACUCAGGUUUUAGAACGCCGCCUCCGCACGUUCAAACUCCGACAAAGAGCUACAAGGAGCUAUUGUCAUUUUCAAAAUUCAACCGGCUUGUAAAAUCAGCAGAGGCUUUGCAGAAACCUACCAUGGAUGAUAAGAGAAUAAGGAAAGAUGAAGGGGUUGUGGAGAAAUUACAAAAGAUCAAGAAGAAGAACUUGAGUAAUAAUAAUAAUUGUUCUUCAGAGAAAGAUAGGGUUUGGGUUGAAAAAAAUUUGGUAGGUGAAGAAAUGAAGAAAAAGUUAAGGAAAUAUGAUCAUGAAAUUAAUAAUAUUAUUGAUGAUCAUAAUCAUGAAGAAGAUGAUGAUGGUGGAGAAACAGAUUCAAGCUCUGAUUUGUUUGAGUUACAAAUUUAUGAUUUGGAUUAUUACACCCAUGGCUUGCCUGUUUAUGAAUCUACUGAUAUUGAUAGCAUUAAGAGAAGAAAUUCAAUCUCUAAUGGUGUUUAAUUUGUUGAGAUUGGAAGAAGAAGGGAACUAUGGUUAUUGUGCAGCUUUUGGAUCCACUUUUCUUUUUUCUUUUUUUCUUUUAUCUUUCUAAUUAAUGGGGUUUGUUAGACCAAGAUUAUUGAGCAAGUGGUGGAAUUAGAAAUUUCAAAAUAACUUGUGUUUUGUUGAUGGAGAGUGACUAUUAGAUUGGUUUUAAUGAUUUGUAAUUAAAACUUUCUGUUGUAUAUAUACCUAAA